GGCAAAGCAUUAGAUUCAAAGGCCACAGCUAAAAGCAUAUAUGCUUCUCCAAGCGCAAGCAAUGUCUCCGCUCCUUCUCCUUCAUCAUUUCUGCGAACUGAAGGAGGCAUUAUCUAAAUAUGGCAGAAACUACUUGCUGUGGACUGAGAACAUGUUGCUAUCGCCCUGACCCUGAAAACGACAUUAUCGAGGGAACUUUUGAGAUUGAUCACUCCCCUAGGAUUUGUCUCCUUCCCACUCAACGAUCCGUUGCUAUUCAGAUUUACAGCAGCGAUAAGGUCGAUCCACACACGAGGAUCGGGUUGGAAAGUAAGAAGGCACAUCUACAGAAGUGGAAAAUCAACCGGAAACCGAGUAUAAUCCAAUACAAACUGAACUUUGAGGUGGUGCGCGGGUUCGGCUCUCCAGGGGCUUUUGCUGUAGAAAACAGAGGCAGGCAUGAAUUCUUCCUCAAAUCCGCCACUUUCAAGUACAACAGUCCUGUUCCUGACGGCGAGGAGGAGGACUUCUUUUUCCGUUGUGCUUCCUGGGUGUACCCACUUGACAAGACCGGAGUUAAACGGAUUUUCUUCAUAAACCAAUUGUAUCUUCCAGACAGAACACCCCCCGGUUUAGUUGCACUGAGAAAAAAAGAACUUAAGAAACUGAGAGGACGAGGGUUGAAAGAUGAGAGGCAACCAUGGGAUAGAAUAUAUGAAUAUGAUUGCUACAAUGAUCUUGGGGAUCCUGACAAUAGCCCAGAGUAUGCUAGGCCUAUUUUGGGGGGUUCGAAGGAGUAUCCAUAUCCACGCAGGUUAAGAACAGGCCGCCCUCUUUCCCAGCAUGACCAUAUGACCGAGUCUCGGCCGGUAGGAUGCUUUCGAACUUUUGUUCCACCUGAUGAGCGUUUGAGCCCGAAGAAACAAGAACAACUCAGAGACAACUUCGUCAAUGCUCUUGUGCGAUUUCUUACCCCCAAGUCAGACCAACCACCCCAGUCGUAUCAAGAGUGUCCCAAUCUCAUUCAGAAAAUCCUACAUUUCUUUGUUCCCAAGUCAGCAUUUUCAACAGCUGAUUUUAGUAUGAUUCAGUCUAUUGUUGAUUUCGUUCUAAGGAAGCCAAAACCACCAUCCCAUCAAGAUACCCAAAGUUUAGACUCAAUCGAUGACAUAGUCGCCAUUUUCUCCGAUAAACAAGUAAAAGAAAUGGAUAAGCGAGUCAAGCAGAAGCUGAAAAAGUUGGUACCAGCUGAAAUCUUUAACCAAGUUGUUGAUGCUACAACCAAAAGAAACGUCCUCAACUCACAAUCUCCUUCAAUUAUGGCAGAAAACCAGUAUGAUUGCUUUGAUGACGAUGAGUUUGGACGCCAAAUGCUUGCAGGAACAAAUCCAGUACGAAUCCGGUCGUUAAAGGAAUUCUCACCUCGAGAAGAUUCGCUUCCGGAGAGCCUGAAACUUAUUCAAGAGGAAAAGGAAGAAGAUGACGAAUUAUUCAUCUUGGAACACGAUGACUACCUCCUGCCAUUUCUAAGCAUGAUAAAUGCAAAGGGUGUUUGUGCCUAUGCAACUCGAACAAUACUACUCUCAAGGUGGAAUGACAAAUUAACACCAAUAGCAAUAGAGCUUCGCUUGCCUGAUAGCAACAUGGUCCUUGGUCGAAAUGAUGAUCGAUGGGACCUUGCAAAAGCUCACGUUGCAGCCAAUGACGCAGCUCACCACCAAUUAGUUAGCCAUUGGUUGCAUACUCAUGCAGUAAUUGAACCAUUCAUUAUUGCCACUAGAAGACAGUUGAGCGUGAUGCAUCCAAUUCAUUGGCUAUUGGAUCCUCAUUUCAAAGACACCUUGCAUAUAAAUGCAUUGGCUCGAGGCAUCUUCCUGAAUGCAGGAGGAAUUCUAGAGAGAACACUCUUUACAGGUGAAUUUUCCAUGCGAUUGUCCUCUCACGUCUAUAAACAAUGGAGAUUUGAUGAGCAAGCCCUUCCAAAAGAUCUUGAGAAAAGAGGUAUGGCAGAAAAAGCAAAAGAAAAGGUCUUCGAAAUAAAGGAGAAGCCAGCAGAGAAUACAGGUGAGGAGGAUCUGGCAAAGAAAACCGAGAAUGUGGCAGAGAGAGAUGAGGGUGUGGCAGAAAUAGACGAGAAUGUGGCAGAGAGACACGAGGGUGUGGCAGAAACAGACCAGAAUGUGGCAGAUUUAGACGAGGGUGUGGCAGAAACAGACGAGAACGUGGUAGAGAGAGACGAGGGUGUGGCAGAAACAGACCAGAAUGUGGUAGAAUUGGACGAGAAUCCAGCAACUCCGGAUGAAAAGGUGACAUUUCCCGCUGGGGUGAAGCUCCUUUUAGAAGACUAUCCCUAUGCUAAGGAUGGAAUUGAGAUAUGGGAUGCCAUUGAGACAUGGGUGAGAGCAUACUGCCAAAUUUUCUAUAAAAGCGAUCGUUCUGUCAGGAAUGAUGAGGAAAUCAGAGAUUGGUGGGAGGAGAUUAGAAGUGUGGGCCAUGUUGAUCAAGAGAAAGGGUGGUAUGAUCUUACAACUCUUGAUAACCUGGUAAGGGCUCUAACAACUCUGAUAUGGAUUACUUCAGGCAUGCAUGCUGCGGUGAACUUUGGGCAAUAUGCAUAUGCCGGUUGGCCUCCCAAUCGCCCCAUGCUAUUGAGGAAGUUCAUUCCAAAAGAAGGUACACAAGAAUAUGACGACAUGCUGCAGGAUCCUGAGAAGUUUUUUGUCAAGAUGUUGCCUGAAAAGUUUGAAAUGGAAUUUGUUAUAGCAGUAAUGGACCUUCUCUCACGCCAUACAUCUGAUGAGGAAUUCUUGGGCCAAAGGCCACCGGACAACAUGUGGAAAGAGAAUAAACAUGACUACCUCUCACGCCGUACAUCUGAUGAUUCAUGCUUGGACCAAAGGCCACCGGACCAGAUGAGGAAAGAGAAUGAAGAGGUAAACGAAAAGUUUGAAGAGUUCAGAGAACGACUUAGAAAAAUAGAGGGAAAUAUACUGGAAAGGAAUAAAAGAUAUAACCUGUCCAACAGGUGGGGUUAUGCCAAGAUUCCCUACAAGCUUCUGUAUCCUGAUACAUCCAAAACCAAGGGUCCCUCCGAGGAGAAGGAGGAUAUUUGUGGAAGGGGAAUCCCUAAUAGCAUAUCUAUAUAGUGAAUUGUGAAUUGACCAGUUUCAAUAAGCAUAAACUCAAUUGGCCUUCAUCAUAAUCAUAUUUAUUUCUAAUCUUUUUUUAAACAUAGUUCUUUAUUUUUGGUUUUCAUUGAAAUGGCCGAAAUUGUCAGCUUGACUGG